AUGGACAUCAACCUGUACAUCCACAGUGUUGAAGUUGAGCUGUGCACGGAGGACACAGCUUUUAGAGAGAACAAGCAGGAGGAAGAAAAUGUGGUGUACUGUCUGCACAUUAAAGUGGAGAGUGGGGACGCGAGGGGAGAGUCAAGUAAUCGAGGAUGCAACGGGUCAGCCAAUUUAUCAGGCACUUGGACAAAUGCUCAACCAAGUGGUGACGUAAGUGGCCGCCCCUAUGGCGCGCAGCGUAGUCUGAAGAACGAAAUACCUAAUGGACUCUUUUACGAAACGCCAUGGUACAUGUGCGUGAAGAAGGAACAGAACGAAAUAUGCCUCAUGUCGUACGAAGUGAACAUUUCACACGCCUUUAACAUGCUGGAGAGGGACGAGGGACUCAUCCUGUACGUGCUGCGGAAAGACCUGAACAAAGACAAAGUGGAUUAUCUGCACCGAAGCGAACUGAACAUGAAGAACAAAAGACUCUACGAUAAGAAUUAUUGUAUCCUUUUCGAAAAUGAUAAACUAAAGGGGAAAAUAAAAGUUCAUUUAAAAAACGGAAUAAUAUAUAAUCACACGUUAAGUGAAAUAAAAACAGGUAAUUAUUUGAAAGAUGUUCAUGAGCAGAUAUUUUUGCCAAGUGAAUUUUCCACAGAGUUAGAUCAAACAGAAAUGGAAAACAAGAUUAACCAUGAUCAAAAGGAACAGAGCGGAUUAUCGCAAGACAAGAAUAUAAUUAACGAGUUCAAUGAUCUCCUUAACGCAAGGAGAAUUUUAUACUGGGUCUACAUAGACGACAAUGGGAAGGAACAAGGCCCCUUCAAUAGCAACACCAUUUUUACAUGGAUCAUAAAUGAAUAUUUUGAGGACGAUACGUUAAUCAGAUUACACGAUAAGGAUAAGUACUACAAAAUGUGUGAAGUGAUUAGCUAUAUUGAAAAAAACGUUUUACUAAAUUCGGGAAGCCAUGAACUGCUUGGUGAUAACCUGACGAACAACAUUGAGGGUACUCUUUCCCAGGGAGUCAAUACAAAAUUGGAAGAUUCAAAAGGGAGCCAAACGGAGAAACAUAAAUUUUUCAUCCAAGGGGGAGUUACUACCCCCGAUGGCAUGGACGACUACGUUAUAAGGAGAAGUGAAAUAUAUUUUCCCGAAGGGGAGUACGUUGGACAGUACAUGGAGAAAAAAUCCCAAAAAUUAAACGACAAGCACAACAACGAAGUGAGUGAAAAGAAAUCCACAUCUGAUAUUCACAGUAAAAGGGAAGAUUUUACAAAGGGGGCAAAUGCCACAAUUCAUAACACAGCACAUGAUAACAAAAAUGGAAAAAAAAAAAAUCAAGUGAAAAGGCUGAAAAGGGAGAUUAAAAGGAUCAAAGACGAAAUGGUUAAAUUGAAGGAAAGUGCUUACUCGGGUAGGCAUGUCGUUUGUGAGGAUAUCGAGGUGGAGGCACGUCAUGGCUGGUCCUCUGGAUGUGGGGCAGAGAAGGCGCUCAAUUUAACUUCCAACGGGGCGUCGAAACAAGAUUCUUGCACCACCCCAACGGAAUCAUAUGUCAGCACAAAUAAUAAUGCAACUCAUGAGAGGACAAACAUUGGAUCUCCCCAAGAAAAUGACAAAUCACACACAUAUCCAUGUGAAGAGAACGCAGGGAAAAGUACCGUUCAGAAUAACGGGCAGAGUGUAACAACUGGACAUAUUAAAGCAUCUGUAAAUUACGCCAAUGAUUCAUUUUCAAGCGAAGCGGACAUGAUCGAAAAAAUAAUUAGUGAUAUUAAUGAAGAGUUUCGAAUUAAAGAAUAUCACCAAAAGCAAAGGUGUAUGGAAAUUGCCAUGAGCAGUAUAAGUCAAGCUCAGGAGUGCCUUCUCAACAUAAAGAAGAAGCGAAUGACAUCUUACCUGAACAGAAUAAUCAAUUUAUCAAUUCAUGAUGAGGCAAUAUACAUCGGCGAGGACAAUCACGAAAUGGUUCCUAUGGAGCGAAGACACUUGAGGAAGAAAGGGACAAAUAAGGUUACCUUUGGAGGUAUACGCAGCGUUGCUUAUGAUUGCUCAUGUGAAAUAUGCCCCGCGUGUGCUACUCCAAGGAAAACAAUUUUUAAGGGAAAUUCGUUUGGAAGUAUAGAGCAGGUGGCGGACAAAAAGGGUUAUUUGCACACGAGGGGGAAAUUCUCAAAUGGGGAAUUGGAAAGUUCUCCAAGGAAGCAGAAGAAGGUAGAAUAUUCGUUAGUAAUAAAUAAGGGGUCACUGAAAAGUGUUGAGAGGGUUAAAUUGAUGAAUGAGGAAGGGAGAGCGCAGGGAAGAGCAGAAGAAUGGGAAAACAAAAGGGAACAUAGGAGACCGCAAGGAAGGAGCUGCAAGGAAGUUUCCAAGGAACAGUCAACCACUCUGUGCCUCAACCACAAGAACAAUGCAGAAGUUGUGUACAACUACUACGUAAGUUAUGAUGAAUUUUUAAAGUGCAUAAUUUUGAUACAGCGCCGUGUAAGGAUGUGGCUAAACAGAAGGAGAAGGCGUAGCUCCAGGUGGAGCAAAAAUCAAUACGAUGUUUACAACGCGGAAGAAUUAGGCCACUGGUGUUCUGCUAGAAAUAGUGUCUUAAGUGACAACUAUGGGGAGAAGGAGGAAGACCCAGGAGAAAAUACAUCUCAAAUAAAAAAGGAAAAGUACAAGGCAGACGUAAUAAAUCGUGUACUCGAAAAUUGUCAUUCUUUGAAUAAUGAAAAGAAGGAAAUAAAUGAAUUGUAUGUUACUUUUUUAGAGCAAGAAAUGAGGAACAAAAUGGAAGGAAGGAAAAAAUCGAUAUUAUCAUCCCUGCUACAGUGUGCUGAUGGGAAGAAAGAUGACAUUCCUGUGAAUUCCCCUGCAAAUAGCGAUUUCCUUUUUAAUAAGAAGAACCAGAUGAACAAUUAUGAGGAAAACGAACGUAGGAGGGGAUGCGACGAGAUGGGACUGCCUAACAGGGUUGACAAGCUUGAUGUAGACAUAUUUGAAAGUGAAGAAAAUUCGCUCAGAACGGAAGAGAAGGAAAUGGCUAAAGGAACCUAUGGUGUCAAAAGCGACAAUAUAAGUUUUCAGCAAGAUGAGGUGACAUCAUGUAAGCGAAACGUUCAUGAGCUUUUGUGUAACAUGCUCAGUAAGUACAAAAAUGCGAGUGAGGAAAACGGGACAAGCGGAAAAUUGAGAAGUUUGCUCCCAAAUGAAGACUUUACACGUAACCUAAAAAAGUACAAUAGCUUCCUCAAAUCGAUAGAAAAAAAAAACAUUUCUGCAAAAAGGGACACAUUACUAUCAGUUGUGAACAACUUGAAAUUUGAUAACAUAUUGGAUGAAAAAAAAAAAAGAUGCCAAGUGCAGAAGGGCUUAAAGAACAGUUCCCCCAUACCCAGGCCAUGUUCGUUUCUGAGCUAUAGAGAACUCUCGGGCCAUAAUUGCAGUUAUAAGGAUAAGGAACAAAAUGGAGUGGGUGAUGAUAUGAACAAGGGGGAAAGUGACAUGGGCAAGAGUGACAACAAACUGGCAAAAAUUAAAUUUCUCUCAAAGGGCAAUUUUUUUUGUAAAAAUUUUUCCGAAAAAGAAGGAAAUGUGAUAGAUUAUCCCGUGGGUAAAAAUAAUGUGAGCCAUUUUUUACUGAACAAAGUUGGCAAUAAAAAUUUGAAAAGUACAGUAACGGAUAAUUUUUAUGAUGACUGCUAUUCAGAUCGUUUUAUAGGAGAUCGUCACCGUGUCUUCAUUACGAAGAGAUGA